AAAGAGCCAAGAAUAUGGGAGGGGGGUGGUUGAUGUGCGCGCGAUGACGUCAUCAGCACCGCAGACGGUCGCGCGACCUGCGUCUGACGUCACCACGCACGCCGCACAACGCAGACUCGGCGGCGCGACGUCAUCGCGUAGCCCCUCCCCCUCCCAUAGCAACAAGAAAGAUGGAGCGGGCGGGCCGUGAUGGCGGCGGCGUGGACAUUGACAGCGGCGCUCACGGCUUCUGCUUCAGCUGCUGCUGCGGCUGCUGCGGGGACUCUCAGGGCGGCUCGCAAGCAGCGCGCACCCCCGAGGAGCUCGCGGAGCUGUGCGACGACGAGGAGGAGGAGGAGGCGGCGGCGAGCGGCUACGGUGACGGCGGUCGCGUGCGCGGAGGCGCCGCCGUUGGGAGCCUGGAGCGGCGGGACCCGUGGCCCAGCGCCCUGCAGGCCGAGCACGAGGAGCGUGACGACGAGGCGGGUGACGACGACGACGACGAGGAGGAGGAGGACGAAGGGGAGGACGAGGGGCUGACGAAGGGCAGGCCGCGGGGCAGCGGCGGCAGCAGCGGCAGCAGGAGACGGCGGCGCCUGUACCGCGCGUGGCUCACGCGGGCCGCUCACGGCCUCUCCUUCCUGCUGCUGGGCGUCGCCGUCGCUGCGGCCGCCCUGCUGCUCGUCUGGCUCCCCGCGCGCCUCGCCUGGGCCCUGCCCGCCGCCGCACUCGACGGCGCCCUGCGCUGGAGCGAGGAGCGCCGAGCCCUCGCGCUGCUGCUGCUGCUGGGCGCCGCGGUGCGGGGCGCCCUGGCGCUGGGCGCGGCCCUCGCGGGCGCGGCCGUCGGCUCUGGGCAGCAGGGGGAGGAGGAGGAGGCGGCGUGGCUGCUGAGGGACGGGGUCCGAGAUGCAGCCGCGUGGACGCGCGGUGCCGUGGCGGUCAGAGGGCUCGGAGCGGCGUGCGCGGCUGCCGGGGGCCUCGUGGUGGGCAUCGAAGCCCCCAUGCUGCACGUGGGGACGGCGCUGGGUCUGUGGCUGCCCUCUCUGCUCUGCCCGGCGCUGUCCCGCGCCGGCCUGCGCCCGGCGGCCCUCUGCACGGCGCGCGGGCGCCGCUGCCUCGCGGCCGCCGGCUCGGCCGCCGGCAUGGCGCUGGCCUUCGGCGCUCCCCUCGCCGGCGCCGUCUUCGGCCUCCAGAACGCGGGGCCCGGCGCCCUGGCCGACCCGGGCGUCGCCUUCCCGGUUCUGCUCAGCUCCGUCGCCGCCUCCCUCGCCUUCUCGGCGCUCUCCUCCGCCGCGCUGACGCUGUCCGGCGCCGGCGGCGCCGGCUCUCCUCCGUGGCCCGUGGGAAUGCUCGACCUGGCCGGCGAAUCUGGCGGGCGUCCCGCGGGCGGCGCCGACCCCUGGGCGCUGCUGCUGGCGACGAUGGCGCUGGGCGUGGUGGGCGGAGUCCACGCGGCCGGGCACCGGCGCCUGCGGGCGCGGCUGUCCCGCUACCGCGCGCGCCACGUCUUCGCCAAGCCGCCGUGCGCCGGCGCCCUCGAGGCGCUGCUCGUCUCGCUCGCCGGGAGCUGCGCCGCCUUCCUCGCCGCCGCCACCCUCGGCUCGUGCCGCGCCGGAGGCGCCGCGGGCAACGUGACGACGGCGAGUCCCCGCGAUCCGCGCGUCCUCCUGCCGUCGCUGCUCUGUCCCAACGGCACCGCCAACGACCUCGCGCAGCUGCUGCUGUCGGCGCCCGAAGCGGCGCUCGGCGGCCUCCUGGGACCUGGCGCGGCGCCGUCGCCGCGCUCGCUGCUGCUGGCGCUGGGCUGCGUCGCGCCGCUCUCGCUCUGGGCCUCGGGGCUGCGGGCACCCGGCGGCGUCUUCGCCCCGCAGCUGCUGGUGGGCGCCGUCUACGGCCGCCUGGCCGCGUGGCUCCUUCGGCGCUGGCAGCCACGGCGGUGGCCGCCUCCGCGGCGGGACAAGCUGGCGCUGGUGGGGGCGGCGGCCGUGCUGGGCGGCGUGGUGCGCUGGCCCCCGGUGCUGGCGCUCGCGCUGGCGGAGGCGAGCGGCGCGGACGCGGAGGGCUCUGCGGCCGCGCUGCUGGCGCUGCUGCUGUCGGGCUGGCUGGCCGGCGCGUGGUCGCGGGAGCCGGCGCGCGCCGCCGCGGCGCUGCGCGGCCUCCCGCUGCUCCCCGCCGACUCGGUCGAGCCGCUGCCGCCGCCGGCGCCGGGCCAGCGUUGCCUGCGCCUGCUGCUCGCGUGCGACGUGAUGGAGCCCGAGCUGGUGUACGUGUACCCACACACGCGCGUCCAGUCGCUGGUGAGCGUGCUGCGCGCGCGCCGCCACCACGCCUUCCCUGUCGUCACCGAGGCCGCCGGCGCCGGCCACGGCGGCGCCGGCGCCGGCAACGCGGCGCUGCUGGCUGCGAACGGCGCGUUCCACCGCGCCGCGCUGGCCGUGACGCGCGCAAACGAGUACCGGCGCCGCAGCCGCUCGAUGCGCUCGUACCCGUCGGCCGAGCUGCAGCGGGCGCCGGGCGCCGGGCGUGCCGGCGCGCCGGAGCGGCGCCGGCACGCCGGCGGCGGCGACGACGGCGGCGACGACGACGGCGAGGGGGGGGAGCCGUCGCCCGCUUGCGAGUACCUCGCCAGCGUCCUGCGACCGGGGGUGGAACCGUACCCGAACCUGCAGCCGGGCUGGGCGAGCGGGGACGCCGGCGACCCCGGCCGAGCGGCGGACGCGGGCCUCCCCGGCGAGUGGACGCUGGCCCAGCGCCUGCGGCCGCUCACCUACCACGGCAUGGUGUCGCGCUCGCGCCUCGCGGCCCUGCUGGCGCGAGGCGCGUGGCACGAGGAGGGGCGGGCGCCGGCGCGGCAGCCGCGCGUGGGAGCGGCGACGCUGGCGGAGGCGGAGCGGCGCGGCCUGGACGUGGGAGACCUGGAGCUGGCGCUGCUGGAGCCGCGCGCCGUCGUGGACGUGACGCCGUACGUGGACGCCGGCGCCCCCGCGGUGAACGCCCGCGCCAGCGCCGGCGAGGCCCUGCGCGUCAUGGUGGCGCUGCAGGCGCGCCAGCUCGCCGUGCUCAACGCGGCGGGCCACGUGGUGGGCGUGGUGACGCGCCACGAGCUGACGCCCGAGGCGCUGCGGCGCAGCCUGCGGCGCAAGCGCAUGGCGCGCCCGUGAAGGAGGAGGCGGCGCCCCCGCAAACCUCUCGACCCCCACCCCCCCCCCCCUCACCGUGAGACGAACUUUGAACCCGUCCUUGAGAAGCUGCCGCCCACCCUCCUCGAGACAUGUUGAGAAUCGUCGUCAGAAUCUUUAUUUGUUCCGGAGGAAUCCGACGAGCCAUGAAGCACGGUUAUUCGGAUGGCCACGUGACCUCGUAUGUCGUCUGCACAGACGUUAGGAUGCCACAUGACGUCCUGUCACGUGUAUGUACGUGUGUAUGUUGAACUUAUUUUGCGCCGUACGUAGGCAACCGUGCGAAUAAUCGAAGGUGCGGAGGAAAGGACAACAAACUUGGCGCAAAGAACAGUUCUCAAGAGGUGAGCUUGUCAGUCUAGAUGAUGAUUUCAAAGUGCGUGAAAGCUCCCAGUGGCUUCCUAAUAUCGGAAGGAGGAGCGUUCCAGACUGCGGAACAGAAGCGCGCGUUAGUUCGGACGUUGUGAUGUCAUGUUGUGAUGUCAUGUUGUGAUGUCAUGUUGUGAUGUCAUGUGACGCCCGUGCACGCGAUGCGACUGCUCGUUCCCUCCCCCAACACUCAAAUGUGACCCACGGCAGCCAUCGCGCGGCCGACGAGGCAUCCAAACAGGCGACGCCGUGUACCGUCCCGUGUACUGUAUACUGUCCCGUGUACCAUGUACUGUACCGUGUACCAUGUACUGUCCCGUGUACCGUUUACCGUGUACCGUUUACCGUGUACCAUCCGCUGUCGCCGAUUGCGUAGUUUCGUUAACUCACUUAUUUAUUUAUUUCCACGUAAGGGCCGGUUGUGUGCAACAGUGAGCGGCGCAGAGAUAACGCCGUGCAGGGAGGAGGGAGAGCUCAUUGCCUACACAUAGAUCCCCAGGGUGUGCGGGUGACUGGAAAGCGAUCGGCGGCGGUUUUGGGAUGGUUUUGGGGACGUUUUAGAAUUUUUACUUGAAAAACUGAGUUUGCGGAUCUACAGGGUUGGUGGUCCAGAUGUCUCGUGACCCCCCCCCCCCCACCGCCAAUUAUUUGAUCCCUAACAUUUUCUCAAAAGUUAUUAAGUUUUAGAGAAUUAAAUGUGGGGGGUGGGGGGUCACAAGACAUCUGGACCAACCCUGUUGCACAUCGGUUGUGGCGACGUGAUGCGUCCGCUACUCCAAAGCUACCUUACGCCAGUAUCUCAACCGCCACCACCACCGCCGCCUCCUCCUCCUCUUUUAAAUCUCUCUCUCUCAACUUGUAAAAAGGGGGUGGUAUGAGGGUGUUGUCGGACAACUCACGAGGUGCCCUUGACGCGCGGGAGGGAACCCAACCUCCUCGUGUGCUAGGUGCGGGGGGCGAGGGGUGGGGGG